GUCCAAUCCGGUUUGAACAGACAGUGAUUCUCGACGAAUAGAAAGCCUCAUCUGCUUGGUGGACUGUUGAUACAUCCAAUGGCCUAGGUGGUAGUAAUAGUCUGUCCGUGGUGCGGUGGUGAACACACUGGACGGGACAGGACAGCGCUACAUGGGGGACGCAGGCGACAGCGGCUGGUACCACCGCUCCUACACCCCGGAGGGACAAAUCCGCGCUCUGGAGAAAUCUCUAGGGCUUUACGACACUCUGCUAUUGGGAAUUGACUUGAUGAAAUAACCAAGCCGAGCAUGAACACAUCGCAUUUGAGUGUCUCCUCCUCUGAGCAUGGACUGACCAAAUCCCUCUCUGGAUGAUUUGAUGGGGCUGCUCAGAGUCAUGAUGCCGCCCAAGUUGCAGCUUCUGGCGCUGCUGGCGUUCGCAGUGGCCAUGUUCUUCCUGGAGAACCAGAUCCAGAAGCUGGAGGAGUCCCGGGGAAAGCUCGAACGAGCCAUCGCCAGACACGAGGUACGAGAGAUCGAGCAGCGGCACACGCAGGACGGCCUGCGAGAACGGGACUCGUCGGCCUCGUCGCUGUCCGAGAGCGAGGACGACUUGGUCAUCAUCUACAACCGCGUGCCCAAGACGGCCAGCACCUCCUUCACCAACAUCGCCUACGACCUGUGCGGGAAGAACCACUACCACGUCCUGCACAUCAACACUACCAAGAACAACCCGGUCAUGUCCAUACAGGACCAGGUACGGUUUGUAAAGAAUGUGACUGAGUGGAGGGAAAUGAAGCCGGCUUUCUACCACGGACACGUCUCCUUCUUGGACUUCACCAAGUUUGGGGUGAAGAGGAAGCCCAUCUACAUAAACGUGAUCCGGGACCCCAUUGAAAGGCUGGUGUCCUAUUACUACUUUUUGCGUUUCGGGGAUGACUACCGGCCCGGCUUGAGACGCAGGAAACAAGGAGACAAGAAGACGUUUGAUGAAUGUGUAUCAGCCGGCGGCUCAGACUGUGCCCCUGAGAAGCUCUGGCUCCAGAUUCCCUUUUUCUGUGGUCACUACUCUGAAUGCUGGAACGUGGGCAGCCAAUGGGCUCUGGAGCAGGCGAAAUACAACCUGGUGAAUGAAUACUUGCUGGUCGGAGUAACAGAAGAGCUGGAGGACUUUGUCAUGAUGCUGGAGGCCGCACUGCCACGCUUCUUCAAAGGAGCCACCGAGCUGUACAAAACAGGGAAGAAAUCCCACCUGAGGAAGACCAGCGAGAAGAAGCCGCCCACAAAGGAGUCGAUCGCCAAGCUGCAGCAGUCGGCCAUCUGGAAGAUGGAGAACGAGUUCUAUGAGUUUGCACUGGAGCAGUUCCAGUUUGUCAGGGCACACGCUGUCAGAGAAAAGGACGGGGAGCUCUACUUGCUGGCACAAAACUUCUUCUAUGAGAAAAUCUACCCCAAAAACUAAAGAGGCACAUGUUCGUAGAAGAGUUUGGAGAGGACACUUGGUACAGGCUCAGAUGUGCAGUCUGAGAUGAAAAAGAGAAGGAUAUUGAGACUAAUAGACUGCUGGUGACUGUGUGGCUGGUUUGUACAUGUGAUUGAGAAGAUAAUUUGGAGCUGCAGAACAUCUGCCUCUGACGCAGCGAUCAGACUGGUGACAGCUCUGUUAUUUACAUCUGUGCUAGCCAACUGGACGAGGAGCUCGCAUUUCGACAGCAGGUUGUGUUCCCAGCAGCCCCCGGGCCUCCACUCCCCUUCACUUGCAUUUAAAAAGGUCGUCUGCGCAGACGGCCUCUGCCGGCACCUGUCCAGAGGCCGCCUGUCCAGCAGCUGGUCAGAGCUCCACUCUUGAUUGAUUGGCUUCGCUGUUCUCAGAUCCAGACAAAACAUUUUCAUCGGCUCUGUACUGUUUGGUUGUGUUUGGUUGUAUUUUAACUCUUUGCUAUGGUUGUCUUUUGUAUGUGGUGAAACAACAUCUCCAUGCCUCACCACUACUACUAACUUAAAGAGAUUUUAAGUGUAAGAACCUGAUUACUAUGUUGUACUAUUGGACUUGAAUGAGAACUUUUGAAGUUUUUAUGAAAUAAAUAUCCUGUGACCAUGGACUA